CUUCAACCAAACCCAAUUCUUCUCUUUCUCUCUUUCUUUCUUUGAGUCUUCUUUCUUCUUCUAACUUCUAAUUCUAAACACAAUUUCGUGUAUUUUUCUACCAUGGUUGUAGAUCCGGUUAUGGUUCCCAAGAUGAGAAUGGAUAAACAGUUUGCUAUUCAAGAAGCUGCUUCUGCUGGAUUGAAAAGCAUGGAGCAUCUCAUUCGUGUGCUUUCUUCUCAAGCUUCGUCUUCUUCCUCCAUCAAUCAAAGUAACCGUUUAGAUCUUGAUUGCACAGAAAUAACUGAUUUCACUGUUUCUAAGUUUAAACAGGUUAUUAAUUUGUUGAAUCGUACCGGUCACGCUCGUUUUCGUCGUGCACCUUCUUCACAAUCUCAACCGAUAUCUGAGAAAAUGAAUCUUCAUCAUCAUCAACAACCACAGUCAACUACUCUUGAUUUCGCAAAACCGAUUCAAGUAGUUAAUCCAAAUCCAAAUCUGAAUCUGAAAUCUAAACCUAAACCUAAUCCAUCUACGGAUUUAACUGUUUCUCAAUACUCUAAAUCGAAAGAAGCAUACAGUAUCUCAACCACUACUUCUUCUCUUCAUUCCACUAUCACCGUCACCGGAGACGGAAGCGUUUCCGACGGCAAAAUAGGUCCUAUCAUCUCAUCUGGAAAGCCUCCUCUUGCUUCAUCUCAUCGGAAAAGGUGUCAUGAAGCAACUGUCUCCGGUGCCGCUUCCGGUAAAGUAUCUUCGUCCGGUCACUGCCAUUGCUCUAAGAGAAGGAAAUCUCGUGUGAAGAGAACAAUUCGUGUUCCGGCGAUAAGUACGAAGGUUGCUGAUAUUCCGGCAGACGAAUUUUCAUGGAGGAAAUACGGUCAAAAACCGAUCAAAGGUUCACCUUACCCACGUGGUUACUACAAGUGCAGUAGCUUUAAAGGUUGUCCGGCGAGAAAGCAUGUGGAAAGGGCACAAGAUGAUCCCAAUAUGCUUCUUGUGACCUACGAGGAGGAGCACCAACACUUGCCAACCUUCGGAACCGGAACCGGUGCCGGUGCCGGAUUUACAUCUCAGGCUCACUAAGCGACGGCGCCGGUUGGAAAUUUCGUGAAAGGUUUCCGUGAACCGCUGUUUGCAGUUAUUGACGGAGUUAUGUUGUAACUGUAACGGUGACGGAGAAAAAAGAACGGAGAUUUCGAGGGAAAAGAAAAGAAAAGAAAAACAAAAAAUCAAAGUCAACUUUUACUUUUGUGGACUGAAAUGAAUGAGUCGUCUAAGAGUUGAUAAGGACUUUUGUGUAAAUUCGGCAAAAGAAUUAUUAUGAAAUGAAAAAUAUACAAGUUUUAUUUAUUUAUUCA